AUCACUCUAAUGUCCAGCUGAAGUAACAUUAUCUGAUUUAUAAUCCAAAUCAAAACCAUUAUAGCCAAGAAAGCAUUCAUGGCUUCCCUGUCUUCCCUCACAACUCUAAAGUCAACCCUCUGCAUUUCUCUGCUGAUCCUUCACUUUUCCUUAAUCAUGGGCCAAGGAGGUGAUGAAGAUAGCAGCAGCAACGACAACGCAGACUUGCAUGCCAAAGGGUUGAUUUUGGUGAAAAUUUGGUGUUUGAUCAUUCUUCUUGUGAGCACUUUCGCUGGUGGUAUCUCCCCAUACUUUUACCGAUGGAACGAAAGUUUCCUUCUCCUGGGUACUCAAUUUGCUGGUGGGGUUUUUCUGGGGACAUCUCUAAUGCAUUUCUUGAGUGAUUCUACAGAUACUUUUGAUAGUCUUACAACCAAGACAUACCCUUUCUCUUUCAUGCUAGCCUCUUCUGGCUAUCUCUUCACUAUGCUUGGAGAUUGUAUAGUGAUCCUGGUAGCAAAGGGUAACCAAAGAGAAUCUAGUGUGGUUCAAGUCGAAGAGGGAAGGGUAGGUCCAGAGGGUAAUAAAGAAGUAGCUCAAGUGGAUCUCAACCCAGUUUUCUUGAGGACUACUUCUCUUGGGGACACCAUUCUACUAAUUCUUGCUUUGUGUUUUCAUUCAGUCUUUGAGGGGAUAGCUGUUGGAGUUGCAGCAACUAAGGCAGAGGCAUGGAGGAAUCUUUGGACAAUAUCCUUACAUAAAAUUUUUGCAGCCAUAGCAAUGGGAAUUGCACUUCUUAGGAUGCUUCCAAAGAGGCCAUUUCUAUUAACAGUGGCAUACUCUCUUGCCUUCGCAAUUUCCAGCCCCAUUGGAGUAGGGAUAGGCAUUGCCAUUUAUGCUACAACUCAAGGCCAAGCAGCUGAUUGGACCUAUGCUAUUUCAAUGGGACUUGCAUGUGGGGUUUUUAUCUAUGUUGCCAUCAACCAUCUUAUAGCUAAAGGAUUUAAACCACAAGCUAAUUUGUUCUUUGACACUCCAUUCUUCAAGUUUCUUGCUGUGCUUCUUGGGGUGGGAGUUAUUGCAGUUGUUAUGAUUUGGGACUAAUUAAUUAAUUAUAUAAGUUCUCUUGUGUUGAUUUGUUGUAUUAUAUAUAUAAUCACCAUUCUAAAUAAUUGUUGAAUUACUUCAAAUUA